UGUGUUAUAUUACAUAAACGUUUUGUUGUAGUUGCAAGGUGUUUGCUGCAAUCGAUGGUUUCAAUGGUUUCUUCCAAACCACUUCCAGACUGAAGACUCCAGAGAGAGUGCGACUGGUACCAUCCAAUGUAUCUCUUACUCACAGUUUCAGGACUUUUAUCAAGAAUGAUUGGAAACAACGGUGCUGCAGUUCUGGUGGCAGACGAUCAUGCCACAGUAAAAGGUCACUACAAAUCACAUCUUCCGUUUCAUUUGCUGCAGAAAACUGGUGUGGAAUCUAUUGAUCCGUUCAUUCCAAUAAACGUUCCAGUGUACUCUCCUCUGGAGUUCCAGAACUAUCUGGACUACCUGGAGGAGAAACGGUGGUUACAGAAGCCAGAGGGAAGGGACGAGAUCGACUUUAUCACACAGAGAAACCCGAGACUGGUCAACACAUACUGUGCUAAUCGAUAGGUUUUGUUACGGUAGCUUAGUUUAGUAAAUUUAUCAUGUUUAUAAAUCAAAA